AUGUUUAAGGAUCGGGUAGUGCCGCCUAAAGAUGAGAGUGGAAGUGGAGAGAAAGCGAACGACAAGACGGAGGAAAAUGUGCCUACCGUCACAGUCAAUCUACGUGCAGCUGCCGACCUGCUCUGCGUUCCCGGCUCUUUCCCAGAAGCCAUGAUCAGGUUCGAAGUCGAUUUCAACACAGACUACGGUUGUGGUUUCGCCCCUGAUGAUUGUAACCAACUAUCCAACUUUCCCUCUGGCACGAACUUCCAUCCAAUUCUUCUGAAUCUGGAUGAGCGUCUGCCUCUCGUCGAUAACGUGUUUCAGGCAACCGGUGGAGUGCCACAUAAGAACUUCGGCUUCGAUUCAUUCGAUUCUAUCGAUGACGUAUUGGAACGGAUGCGAAAACAUUCGCGCAGCAAAAACGAUGGCUCAUGGAAAGACAUGUUGCUGUGUGUGCCAGCUCAGCCGCGCAUUAACGUCAUCUUCGACUAUACGUAUUACACCCGUGGGCGUCGCAAGUAUAAGCUUUACGGAGAGGGUGGAUGCGGGGUUACAAUGGGUCAGUUUGUGAGGGCUUUCCGCAAACAGCUGACACAUAUUGAGGAGGACAUAUGUGGAUUUCCUGAGGAAAUGUUGGUCUACUGCGGUGAAUGCUGGGAGAAGAAUCAUGAGGAUUGA